AUGGCGCCGCCUAGCGUGAACCAUCCAUCCCACAAGACCUCCCGCUUCUCCCCACGCGUCGCAGUGGCCGCAGUCAUCGUUCUAACCCUCCUCUACCUCGCGCUCCCCCACAACCACCACCACGCCCAAAAGCUAAUCGACACCAUCGCGGAAAAGUCCUCCUCCCUCAGCUCGCACCCCGCGCCCGAAUGGGCCCUAACAGACGACUUCCACGCCGACGACGCCGCUGCGCAGGAGCAUAAAGAGAACCAGGCCGCGCCAGCCUGCCGAACCGACUACGUCCGCUCUCUGCAGGACGCGGCCCAGAACCCGACCAACAAGCCCCAACUGUCGUUCGAGCAGCUGCUCUGGAUCGCAACCACCGUGCAGACCUCCGCGUACGCGCUCACCACCCGCGGCGGGAUCAAACGCGACCACCGGUUCCUGGUCUGGGGGCUCGGCCACGACUCGCCGCUGUGGGAUAAUGCGAACUGCUUCGUUCCCCCCCAUGCGUCGCCUGGGUCGGGGUUGGCGGCUCGGAGGGGUCGCACGGCGUUUGUGGAGAACUGGCAGACGUGGAUCGAUACCGUGUCGGCGGCGUACCCGUCGUUGGAGGUGCAUUUCUUUGACAAGUAUACGUCGACGGUCGCGACCUCCGACGCGUUCUUUGCGAGCCCGACGUCGCUGCAGUUGCCGGAGGAGGUGCAGAAUGUGUGCUGGGAUGUCAUUCUCGUCGACGCCCCCCAAGGCUACCAACCCGACCAACCCGGCCGUCAUGAAGCCACCCACUGGUCCGUUCAAAAAGCCAAAGACUGCCUGCGCGCCAACAAGCUCUCCGAAGUGCACAUUUUCCUCCACGAUGUCAACCGCGCCCUCGAGAACAAGAUCGUCGACAACAUCCUCCGCGCCGCCGGCGGCACCGAUUUGGGACGGAUUAAUGGCGUGGCGGGCGAUUUGGUUGCGUUUAGGUUCACCAAGGCUUCGUUGGUGGAUGAUUUGCAUGGUUUGGGGGGCCCGGGGAGCCAUUGA